AGAGUGGUGGUUCUCUUUGCUUAGAAGCUAUUUCACUAAAAUGGUUGUGCAAGUUAAGUCGAACUCGCACCAGUGCAGCAAAACAAUGGAUGGAAACCAGCAGAAGGUGGAAGCGAAUGUUCUGUUACUUGGAGCAGAAAAUGUUGGCAAAUCAGCUCUCACUGUUCGGUUUCUCACGAGACGAUUCAUUGGUGAAUAUGGUGACAUUGAAUCAAUAUACAGUCAUAUUGACAAGAUUGACGGGCGUGAGAUCUCCUUCAACAUUUGGGACUCCCUGUAUCCACAGAGCUGCGAGACGACUGAGUCGAUCAGUGAGAAGCAGCUGCAGUGGGCGGACGGGGUCAUCCUGGUCUACAGCAUCUGCGACCGCUCAAGCUUCGAGGUGGUGCGCCAGCAGGUGCAGCUCAUCCGCCAAAUGGGGAAGCUCUCUGCGUCGGUGCCCAUCAUCAUUGUGGGAAACAAGAGGGACCUUCAACACCAGAGAGUCGUGUCGAGCGAAGAGGGCCGGCUGUUCGCCCUGUCUGCUGACUGCAGCUUCUUCGAAAUAUCUGCAGCAGAGACUUACCACGGCGUCCUCCUGGUCUUCCAUGAACUGCUGGAGCUCAUCAAAGAGACCAGGGCCCUCAAGAAGGGAGUGGCCGGAAUUAAGGGCAUUGUGAGGAGCGUGUCGGCUGUCUUCGGGAAGAAACGGGAGUAGAGAGGCUUUUCCUCACGAAGAUAAUGUUACUGACAGGCUGUGAAAGUCAUCCUGGAUGGUCCGAUGGCAGAAUGAAUGGCCAGAGAGGACGAGAUCUGGGCAAACUGCUGAUCUGAGUUUGGGAAGGGAGAGAGGGCCAAGUGUAGAAGUCAGGUUGGACUUUGUAAGUUUAAGGCCCAAGUGAAGGUGCUAGAAAGUUGUUAAAGAUGUUUCACAUGUUUGCUUGAUAUGUAGGCUAUAUGAGCGUUGGUGAGGUGAUAGGCCAGAUCCUUGGGUAGAUGUACAGCCGACAGGGUCCCAAGCAAGGAGAGAAAACAGUCCAUGACUACUGUAAUCGUACAGUUACAAAUCAGCAUAGAUAUGACUUAAGCAAGAUAUUCAGACUCAGAGUUGCUCUAAGAAGUCUGUACUCUAGGAGGAUCCAAGAGGUAUAUGAACACAUUUGUGAUUCCAAUGAAUGUGUGAAGAUUUGAAAAUUAUUUGUACAACCUUGUAUUUGUAUAUAUUGAAGAGUUGUGUAAAUGGUUGUUGAUUUUCUUGUAUAUCUACCACAAAGAUUUCAUUCACUGACUGGGUGUCUGGGGUCUAUGAGAUGUACAGUAUACUGUCACUGUUAUAGCUUAUGGAAAGUACAAGAAACAUAUAAAUAACCAUACACUGCUCUGCUCUUAUGAUUCUCAUUGAAAACUAAGCCUAGCACACGUGUGUGAGUUAUGGAUUUUAUUGAAAAUAAAAUGCUGUAAAUUUCAUUGUUAGAGAACAUGACG